CCCCCACCUUUCCCACCUCCUUGUCCACCACUACCGCUUUGAUAUCCACCACCCCCACCACCUCCGUGUCCUCCACCCUGUCCGCCGCCGCCUCCGUGUCCUCCACCACCACCUUUACCACCACCUUGUCCCCCGCUACCCCCUUCAUAUCCACCACCUUUACCACCACCUUGUCCCCCGCUACCCCCUUCAUAUCCACCACCCUUACCACCUUGUCCACUGCCUCCUUUUCCUCCACCACCUCCAUAUCCGCCGCCACCACCUUUACCACCUCCCUUUCCUCCACCACCUUGUCCACUGCCUCCUUUUCCUCCCCCACCACCUUGUCCACCGCUACCACCUCCAUAUCCACCACCACCACCUCCUUGUCCUCCACCACCUUGACCGCCGCCUUGUCCACCGCCUCCUUGUUCUCCACCACCACCUUGUCCGCCGCCACCUUGUCCUCCACCACCUUGUCCGCCACCUUGUCCACCACCACCUUGUCCACCACCACCUUGUCCGCCGCCACCUUGUCCUCCACCACCUUGUCCGCCGCCUUGUCCUCCGCCACCUUGUCCACCACCUUGUCCACCGCCUCCUUGUCCUCCACCACCUUGUCCGCCGCCUCCUUGUCCUCCACUACCUCCGUAUCCACCACCACCGCCUCCUUGUCCGCCACUACCACCUCCAUAUCCACCACCGCCACCACCUUGUCCGCUGCUACCACCUCCAUAUCCACCACCACCUUGUCCGCCACCUCCUUGUCCGCCACCACCUUCUUGACCACCACUUCCUCCUCCGUAUCCACCCCCACCGCUUCCUUUACUACCACCUUUUCCUCCACCUCCGCCUCCAUGUCCUCCACCUUGUCCACCACCGCCCCCAUGACCACCACCGUGUCCACCACCUCCUCCAUGACCUCCACCUUGUCCACCGCCUCCUCCAUGUCCACCACCUUGUCCACCGCCGCCUCCAUGUCCUCCACCUUGUCCACCUCCACCUCCAUGGCCGCCACCUUGUCCACCACCCCCUCCAUGUCCGCCACCUCGUCCUCCACCACUACCGCCACCUCCAUAUCCACCUCCACUGCCACCACUACCACCACCCCCACCCCCUCCUCUACCGCCCCCACCUCCUCUUCCGCUCCCGCCUCCACCCCCACCUCCUCUUUCACCACCGCCGCCUCCUCUCCCGCCUCCUCCUCUCCCACUUCCUUGUCCACCUCCUCUACCGCCGCCUUCACCGCUGCCACCUCUUCUUCCACCACCUCCACCUCCUCUACCGCCACCUUGUCUGCCGCCCCCACCGCCGCCACCUCUUCCACCUCCUCUACCUCCACCUUGUUCGCCGCCCCCACCUCCUCUACCACCGCCACCACCACCGCCCCCUCCUCUUCCACCUCCACCACCUCCUCUAUUGUCGCCUUGUCCACCUCCUCUACCACCGCCUUGUUCUUGUUUAGAGUCUUCUAUUUCAUCUUCAGCACCACCCCCACCUUCUCUACCACUGCCGCCUCCUUGUUUAGACUCUUCGAUUUCAUCUUCAGCACCGCCCCCACCUCCUCAUCCACCUCCUCUUCCGCCUCAUCCAUCUCUACCGCCGCGUUGUCUACCGCCCCCACCUCUACCGCCACGACCACCUUGUUUUGAGUCUUCUAUCUCGUCUUCUGCACCGCCCUCUGCACAAAAUGAGCUUUGUUCAAUAUGA